CCUUUAUAAAUAGUACUAAUUGUAUGUUUGUAUAUCAAUGGAAACGUUUUAAUUUAUGCAAAUGAAAAGUGCACACAAAAGCCAAAAACAACAACAAGCGUAACAGUUACAACAAAUGUUACAAGAGUUCUAAAAUUAAUUUGCUUUUAUGCUAACAAUAGAAACCGUUUUCACCAACAACAACAACAACUACACCAACAACAACAACAAAUAGCGUAAAGCAAUGUGGAAGCCAUAACAUAAAAACGCUUUAGAGUCGUAAACGUGUGCCAAAGAGACAGACGACGAACGUUUAACGUUUUCUCUAUAGAAUUUUUUUAUUUUUGUUCUAUUUUGUUAUUUCGUUGAGCGCGUGUGUGUGUUUCGCUCGGCGGUUUCCGUUUCGGUUUCGUCUCUCUCUGCGGCUUCGGUUUUGGUUUCGGUUCCGGUUCGUUUUGGCUGCACACUUCUUCCAAUGGCUGUCAGUUCCUUAUGAUGGAGACAUUUCUUGUCCUGGGCUUGUGUUUUAUCCUGUACGAAGCAUUGGAUUUCUUUCAAGGCUGCAUACACAGCAACACACCAUCGCCCAGUGAUCAGAUCGAGGCCUAUCGCCGCGAACUCGACGAACAGCGCCAGCAGCAGCAGCAGGAACAGUUCCUGGCCGGUUUGACGCCCCUGCUGGGCGCACAGUUUGCCGCUGCGGCAGCCGCUGCCGCUGGCUCACAGUCAACGCUCAGCAGCACAACCACGCCCACCGCCUCCACGGCGAGCGUUAUUAGUGACUCCUACGAGUCGCAGUCACAGUCGCAGUCCCAAUCGCACUCCCAAUCGCAAUCACAGUCGCAGGCUCAGCAGCCGCAUUCGCUGAGCACGCCCGGACUAUUUCGUCCAGCUGCCUUGGGCUAUUACGAUCCGGAGGAUCCGUUGCAUGCCACAUCAUCGCUGCCACGCGACUAUUACUAUCUGCAGCAGCAGCAACUGAAGAACAAGGCCAGCUCCAAGUCACUGCUCUCCAAGUUUAGCUUGGACAACUCGGACAAUCGCAUACAUCCGGAGGCGGCCGGACCACACGGAGUGCUGGGCGUGCCCGCUGCGGCGGUCAUUACCACGCAGCCACAGCUGGCCGAGGCGUCUGCCCAUUUGGGUCUCUUCGAUUGCCAGCCGCAGUUGCUGCCGCUGCAUGCAACAGCGCCGCUGCUGCUGGAACUCAAGCGUGCCAUCAUCAGCAACGACACCAGUCAGAAGCAGCAGCAUCAACAGCAACAGCAACAGCAAUACGACGUGGAUGAGCUCAGCAAUAACGAUAACGAUAACGACUGCCCGCAGUGCUUAGACGAAGCCGCCGAGGAGGACAACGACGACGACGACGCCGACGAGGACAGCUCCAGCUGCAGUUCAGGCAAUUCACCCACGCCCAACGCCAAUAGUGAACCGAAUAUUUGCGCCGCUGUCGCUGUGCAUCUGCCACGAAUUCAUCACAUUGCCAUUGACGACAUUGGCAUUGGUGGCCCACUGUCCGCCGUAUCCGGAGGAUCGCAGAAUCAAGUCAGCAGCAGUUUGGCCCACAGCUCCAGUUCCAGCACAUCGCACGCCGAUUUCCGUGAAAUUGAAUGCGAGCGUCUGCGGCGCAAGUGCGUGAGCGUUAAACGCAUCUAUAGCAUAUCGGAAAAGUUCUAAAUUCUCGAAUCUCGAAUCUCUCGCCACCAAAAAUCAACUCAUACUGUACAAAAAGCGCAAAUCUCACCAUUGCACCAACCAAAAAAAUAAAUUAAAUCCGCAGCAAGUUCAAUCAACUCAACAGCCAACAACUAAAUUUAAAUCAAAUCAAA